UUGAGUGAAGGGGACCUUGCUUAGCGCCUUCCUCAGUAGCUAUGGGGAAGGGGCCAUCAUAUAUAAAGAUCAUGGCGCUCUGUAUUAAUCACAGUCACACAUAACUUCCUAGUGCCUAUCUGGUAGAGGUUGUUCAAGCUAGUAAUCAUGAGGGUUUUGUUGUUCGUUUCUUUGGUGGUAGCAGCCGCAUCUGCUGGGUAUGCCCCUUACUACCAGCACCAAGCCGUGAUCGGACCAGACGGUCAUCCAGUUGAGACUCCAGAAGUUCAACACGCCAAAGCGGCUCAUUACGCCGCUCACAUCGAAGCCCGAAGCCGCGUUCAUGGAGUCCCAUACGUACCAGCUCACUAUGGCUAUGCACCCGGUAUCACCCACGACGGUCACCCGCUAGAUACCCCUGAAGUAGCUGCCGCCAAACUCCAACACUACCACGACUUCGCUGUAGCCGCCCAAAGAAACUCCAUACCUGCAGGUCACGGAAUUUUGGGACAAUACGCCAUCGGCAGCCCAUAUCCAAUUGACACCCCUGAGGUUCAACAUGCCAAAGCUGCUCAUUUCGCUGCCCACGCCCAAGCUGCUGCACGUGCCCAUGGUCUGGUCCACUACAGACGCCGCAGGGGAAUCUUCGCCUACCCCCAACACAUCCCAGUGAUCGACCAUAACGGUGUACCAGUAGAAACUCCAGAAGUUCAAGCUGCCAAGGCUUUCCAUUUGGCCAAACACGCUGAGGCUUCCGCCAGGUCAGGACACUACGCUUAUGCCCCACAGGUUCACUCCAUUGGAUACCCAGCUAGUCUGCCAGUCAUCGCACACAACGGAGUACCUGUGGACACACAUGAGGUUGCUGUCGCUAAGGCUCAACAUUUCGCUGCUCACCAAGAAGCUGCUGCCAAAGUUGGAGCAGUAUCACCACUUCAUUACGCCGCAUCGUAUCAUCUUGGAGGCGCUGUUAUCGGACCUGAUGGACACCCUGUAGAAACACCAGAAGUGCAACAUGCUAAAGCUGCUCAUUUCGCUGCACAUGCUGCUGCUCGUCACCAUUAUUGAACGAAUACAUUCCCCCGAGACGCUGUUCUGUAACCACGUAUUUGCUGGAUUGUUUUUUCGGCUUUCACCUAAAUUAUCACUUAUUCUACCAAAUACUUGCCUACAGAACUUUGUCAGCUGCAAGAGCUUUAUCUUGCCAUCACUUGUAGUUUUCAGUACCUGGCAGGGGUUCCGAAAUUAGGAAUUUUCACCAGGGAAGAAUAGACCGUGAUGCAAGCGAUUACAAAAAGUGACUAAAUUAAAAUAUAUUUUUAUAAUCGAAUGAAUCAUAAUGUAAGCACAUAUUGUACAUAAGUCAUUAUGCAUAAAUAAAAAAGUCAAUCAAGU